GAAAAAGGCUCACACUGGCUGGAUGCUCCUCACUGACACUCAGAAUAGGAGUGAGACAGCACAAAAACAAGGUUAAUAAUGCUUGUAAGCCAGAGGUGAAAGUGGCUCAGCAGAGCAACAUCAGGAAAUCUGGCAGACUGGAAGAGCACAGCUGCCUCCCUGGGCAGCUGCCACGUGUUGAAGCAUGGAGGAAAGUAAAAACGAGAAGGUGAACCAGGCUCAUGUUCUCUUCGAUAGAUUUGUCCAGGCUUCCACCUGCAAGGGGACUCUGAAGGCUUUCCAGGAGCUCUGUGACUACCUAGAGCUAAAGCCCAAGGACUAUCGUUCCUUCUAUCACAAACUCAAGUCCAAGCUCAAUUACUGGAAAGCCAAAGCCUUGUGGGCCAAAUUGGAUAAAAGAGGCAGCCACAAGGACUACAAGAAAGGGAAAGCAUGCGCCAACACGAAGUGUCUGAUCAUUGGGGCUGGACCCUGUGGCCUUCGUACAGCCAUCGACCUGUCAUUCCUGGGAGCCAAGGUGGUGGUCAUCGAGAAGAGGGACGCCUUUUCCCGCAACAACGUGCUGCACCUCUGGCCAUUCACCAUCCACGACCUGAGGGGCCUGGGCGCCAAAAAAUUCUACGGCAAAUUCUGUGCAGGGUCCAUCGACCACAUCAGUAUCCGUCAGCUCCAGCUCAUCCUUUUGAAGGUUGCCUUGAUCUUGGGAAUAGAGAUCCACGUCAAUGUGGAGUUUCGGGGGCUCGUUUACCCUCCAGAGGACCAGGAGAAUGAAAGAAUAGGUUGGCGUGCAUUGGUCCACCCCAAAACCCAUCCAGUGUCUGAGUAUGAGUUUGAAGUAAUCAUUGGAGGGGAUGGCAGGAGAAACACCUUAGAAGGGUUUCGCCGGAAAGAAUUCCGUGGUAAACUUGCAAUUGCUAUCACGGCAAACUUCAUCAACCGCAACACCACAGCUGAAGCCAAAGUAGAAGAGAUCAGUGGCGUGGCCUUCAUCUUCAACCAGAAGUUCUUCCAGGAUCUCCGAGAUGCCACAGGCAUUGACUUGGAGAACAUUGUCUACUACAAAGAUGAUACACACUACUUUGUCAUGACUGCCAAAAAGCAGAGCUUGCUGGAUAAAGGAGUGAUACGACAUGACCACGCCGACACCGAGGUGCUGCUCUCACGGGAGAACGUGGACCAGGAGGCUUUGCUGAACUACGCCAGGGAAGCAGCAGAUUUCUCCACUAACCAGCAGCUGCCAUCCCUGGACUUUGCCAUCAACCACUACGGGCAGCCCGACGUGGCCAUGUUUGACUUCACGUGCAUGUACGCGUCCGAGAACGCGGCCCUGGUGCGCGAGCAGAACGGCCACCAGCUCCUCGUGGCUCUGGUCGGGGACAGCCUGCUCGAGCCGUUUUGGCCAAUGGGAACUGGAAUAGCCAGGGGAUUUUUGGCUGCAAUGGACUCUGCCUGGAUGGUACGAAGUUGGUCACUUGGAGCUAGUCCUUUGGAAGUUCUUGCAGAGAGGGAAAGCAUUUACAGGCUGCUGCCUCAGACCACCCCAGAGAACGUGAGUAAAAACUUCAGCCAUUACAGCAUUGAUCCUGCCACCCGAUAUCCCAACAUCAACGUCAACUUCCUGCGGCCACAGCAGGUACGCCACUUGUAUAAUACAGGAGACUUGAAAGACAUUCACCUGGAGAUAGAGAACUUUGUGAACUCCAGGACACCAAAGCUGACUCGAAAUGAGUCUGUAGCUCGCUCUAGUAAAUUGCUCAGUUGGUGCCAGAGGCAGACUGAUGGAUAUGCUGGUGUUAAUGUGACAGAUCUCACAAUGUCAUGGAAAAGUGGCUUAGCUCUGUGUGCCAUUAUCCACAGAUACCGUCCAGACUUAAUAGACUUUGAUUCCUUGGAUGAGCACAAUGUGGAGAAGAAUAACCAACUGGCCUUUGACAUCGCUGAGAAGGAGUUUGGGAUAUCUCCCAUUAUGACUGGAAAGGAAAUGGCAUCUGUUGGAGAGCCAGAUAAGCUGUCCAUGGUGAUGUACCUCACACAGUUUUAUGAGAUGUUCAAAGACACCAUCCCCUCUAGUGACAGCCUGGACCUGAAUGCAGAAGAAAAGGCUGCCCUGAUUGCCAGUACCAAGUCUCCCAUCUCCUUCCUCAGCAAACUGGGACAGAGCAUCUCUCGCAAGCGCACUCCCAAGGACAAAAAAGAAAAGGAACUAGAUGGUGCAGGAAAGAGGAGAAAAACCAGCCAAUCUGAGGAUGAGGAUCUCCCACGAAGCUACAGAGAAGAAAGGCCCACCCUGGUGAGCGCCCUAACAGAGAGGAGAAUCGAUGCUGCCAUUGGGAAUCAGAACAAAGUCAAGUCCAUGGCAACCCAGCUGCUGGCCAAGUUUGAAGAGAAUGCACCAGUGCCAUCCUCAAACUUACGGAGACAGCAACCUGUCCUGCCUUAUCAAGAACGUGUUCACAGCCAGCCAUCCAGCAGACGAGAGCAGGGCCGGCUGGCUCCCAUACCCCAGUGGAAACAGAUGAGGCAUAAGGAACGUUCUCGGACCUGCCCCAAAAAAGUGAUCAUGCUCUCUUCUUCCACUCCAUCUUCCUCUCCACCGUAUCCCAGGCAGCAGAGAUUCAGGGAACCCGGUUCCGGCUAUCUCGGGGAGCAGAGUCCCAGACAGGAAAGGAGAUCUCCUCGUUUAUUUUCUCAUGACCAAGUGCCCAUGAAUGUUGAGCAAAGGGCAUGUCAGCUGGCUGCCCUCCUGGAGUCCAGACGUGCACUGAGGCAUCAGCCUGAGGCUGAGCCGUCGCGCCGAUUCUUUGUUGACCAGUGGGAGCUCUCCCUUAGCCUCCGCUCUUCCAACCGCCCUUCCUCACCCUCCUCCGACUCUCUCCGACAGAAGUACAUAAAGAUGUACACAGGCGGAGUGAGCUCAUUGGCUGAGCAGAUAGCCAAUCAGCUUCAAAGGAAAGAGCAACCCAAAACCCUUCUAGACAAGAAGGAACUGGGCUCUCUGAAGAAGGAGUUCCCCCAGAACCUGGGAGGCAGUGACGUGUGUUACUUCUGCCGCAAGCGCGUCUACGUGAUGGAGAGGCUCAGUGCCGAGGGCAAAUUCUUCCACCGCAGCUGCUUCAAGUGCGAGUACUGCGGCACCACGCUGCGCCUGUCCUCCUACGCCUACGACAUCGAGGAUGGUAAAUUCUACUGUAAACCUCACUACUGUUACCGAGUCUCUGGUUAUGCUCAGAGGAAGAGGCCAGCAGUGGGUCCUCUGUCAGGAAAGGACACCAAAGGACCUCUGCAGGACGCCAUGGCCAGUGAUGGGAACGGGAGGGCCAACAGCAUCCCUGCCUCAGCAGAGAGGGCUCCAGGUUCCAGUGUGAACGGGCUGGAGGAGCCCAGCGUGGCCAAGCGGCUGCGGGGCACUCCGGAGCGCAUCGAGCUCGAGAAUUACCGGCUGUCCCUGCAGCGCGAGGAGGAGCUGGAGGAGGUCCCCGAGGAGACUCUGGCAGAGCACAACCUGAGCAGCGUGCUGGACAAAGGGACAGAGGAGGAUGUGCCCAGCAGUAGUUCAGAAUCUGAGAUGGAGGAGGAAGAUGAGGAGGAAGAUGAUGAACUACUGCUGCCUCAGCAACCCCCUUCAGACUUGGGUGGUGUGCCAUGGAAAGAGGCCGUGCGUAUCCACGCCCUCCUGAAGGGAAAGAGUGAAGAAGAGAUUGAGGCUGAGCAAAAUCACGAGAUUGAGUACAAAUAUGAUGAUGAGGAAGAAUACGAAGAGGAGGAAGAUGAGGAGUCAAGUGAAGAGGGCGAGUAUAACCCUUGGGAGAGAGAGCUGCAGCACGGCCUCUGGCUCCAGCGUGUCUCAGAUGAAGAGGACUCGGGUACACACAAAGCUGGAAACCUUAGGCUGCAGCAGAUUGUAAAUCCGGUUGAUCCUCUGGAGAUCCUGGCAGAUGUGCACUGGACACACAUCCGUGAGAAAGAGGAGGAGGAAAAGAUGGUCUCAGCCUCAAAGUCCUCCACCUCCAGAGCAUCCGACCUUCCCUCCGUACGCCAUGAGGCAGUACAGGCGUGGCUGGAGACGGUCCCUGGAGCUCCAUGUGAGGAGGAUAAUGUGGAGGAUGAGCUGGGCACAGAGCCUGCAGACACAGAAGGGCAGGCAGGUGAAGAGGGAGACACGGGUGCAGAGCUGGAUGAUGAUGACAUCGCAUCUGAUGCAGAAGCCGAGUUUCGCUUGCGUCACCGUGGUGUAGAAAGGCCAGAACUAAAAGUCUCUGAGGAUGAAGAAGAUGAAGAAGAAGAAGAAGAAGAAGAAGAAGAAGCAGAAGGUGCUUCUGGCAGUGUGACAGAAGAUCCAUGCAAGCCAUCAAUCCCUGUCCAGCCCUCUAAUGACAGUGUUCUUCCUCCGUCUCCAGCUGCGAGUCCCAAAGCAAAACAAGCAGAGGAUGUAGAAGAUCCCCUGGCUGAAGUAUGCCGUGCAAUAAAAUCCCCAGAGCCACGCUUUUUCCCUGAGCCUUUCAUUCUUGAGGAGAGACCAAAGGAUGAAAUUCCCAAAGACAGGAAAGUUAAGAGCCCUUUGGUGCCACCAUCUCCAGUGUUGUCCCAGCCAGUUGCAUCACCAGAGGCCAUUGCAUCCCCACCAGCAGCAGAGUCCCAGCCAGGAGCACCAGCACUGCCCUCACCCCCAGCAUCUGCUCAAACACCGAUCUGUUCCCAGCCUUUGCCUUCUGCUGAAACAUCCAUUCCAUCCCCAGUGGAGCCUCCGGUGUGUUUCCAACCUGCCCCAGCCUUAACAUCUACUCCUUUAGCCAAAUUGGCCCUCAGGGGCCAGGAUGGGGAGGUGGAAAAGCUGAGGAGCCCUACCACUGCAGAAGAAGCCCUGAAACGGAGCAGCCUGGUGGAAGAGUUCUGGAUGAAGAGCGCUGAGAUCCGGAGGAGCUUAGGGCUCACCCCUGUGGACAGAAACAAACGCUCAGAGAGCAACUUCACUGUGUCUGCUCUGGAGACAACUCCUCAGAAGAGUUUCAACAGCAGGAAUAUUUCAGGAGAUGAAAGGAUCCAUCCUGUGAAACCCCAGCCUGCCCCAAGGAGACAGGGACUAUCCAAGUUAGAAAAUGAGCAGAUUUCGCUGCUCACUCCGAAGUCUCCAUCAGAAAAAGAGCUAAAGAUUCCCAGUGAAGUACGGGGAGAUGUAUCCAGCAGCUCUGGGCUUGGCCUUCAGGAGAGCUCAUCUAACAUGAGAACUAUGGCCAGCCAGAGCUUCAACACUUCUGACUCCACCAUGCUGACUCCUCCAUCGAGCCCGCCCCCACCACCUCCUCAGAACGAGGAGCCAGCCACGCUGCGUAGGAAGAGGUACCAGGCACUGUGGCAGAAUGAGGUUGAAGCCAGGUCACCUCCAACACCAGCAUCAACACCUCCUGCUCCCAGACACCAGGAGCCAGCCCCUCCUGCCAAGGAGUCCCCCCCAGCCAAGAGAGACGACGUGCGGAAAUCGUUCGCGGAGAGCGUGGAUGAAAUUCCGUUUGCUGAUGAUGUAGAAGACACGUAUGAUGACAGGACAGAGGACUCAAGCCUUCAGGAGAAGUUCUUCACACCUCCUACCAGUAGGCCAAGGCCAGAGAAACCACAUCUUUUGCCCUUGGUCAAAGAAAAUGGUGGUCCACCCUCCAUGGAAGGAGGGGUUCACCAAAAGAAGAGAGUGUUCCCUGACAUUUCUGUGGAGGCCAAGGAGCUUGCUGAAGAAAGAAUGAGAGCCAGAGAGAAGUCUGUCAAGAGCCCAGCACUACGUGAUGCCAUGGCUAAACAGCUGAGUAAGAUGAAAGACAUGGAGAUGGCUGCUGCUGCUGGGGCCACAAGGGCACGAAAGGCAUCUUCUAUGCCCUUGAAGACCAAAGAGCUGUUUUAUGAGUCUCCAAAGCAUUUGGCCUUGAGAUUAGCAGAGGGAUCUGCACUAAAACAUAAUUCUGCUACUGAGAAGUACUCUACUCCUCCUGCUGAUAUGGCUGGAGCUGAAGGGUCUGUCAGCUCUUCAGAAGGCUCCAGUGGGAAAAGUAAGAAAAGGAGUUCCCUCUUCUCCCCUCGUAAGAACAAAAAGGAGAAGAAAUCCAAAAAUGAUACCAGACUUUCUGACAAAUCUAGUGGUGGGACAGAUGAAGCAACAAAGCCUAGGUCGUUAUGGAAAUCUGUUUUCUCUGGCUAUAAGAAAGACAAGAAGAAAAAAGCUGAUGAGAAAUCCUGCCCAAGUACUCCCUCAAGUAAUGCCACUGUGGAUUCUGGCAAGCACAAACCCUCUCCACUGAUUACAGCUGCAGAUUUACAGCUCCGUCAACACCUGAGUUUCUCAGAGGACUCUGACCUCUCCAGUGAUGAUAUUCUGGAACGCUCCUCCCAGAAAUCCAAACGAGAGUCGAUCUAUGUACCACACGCCUUGGCAUUCAAGAGAUCAUACUCGUCAAAGAGGGCCUACACAGAAGAGGAGCUGAACGCCAAGCUGACGAGGCGAGUACAGAAAGCUGCCCGCAGGCAAGCCAAGCAAGAGGAGCUGAAGAGGUUACACAGAGCUCAGAUUAUCCAGCGGCAGUUGGAACAAGUGGAAGAGAAGCAGAGGCAACUCGAGGAGAGAGGAGUUGCAGUGGAGAAGGCUCUUCGAGGAGAAGCAGGCAUGGGUAAAAAGGAUGACCCCAGGCUGAUGCAAGAGUGGUUCAAGCUGGUGCAGGAGAAGAAUGCCUUGGUUCGCUACGAGUCUGAACUGAUGAUAUUUGCUCGGGAGCUAGAACUGGAAGACAGGCAGAGUCGACUGCAGCAGGAACUCCGUGAGAGGAUGGCAGUAGAAGAUCAUCUGAAGACAGAUGAGGAGCUCUCAGAGGAGAAGAGGAUCCUGAAUGAAAUGCUUGAAGUAGUGGAGCAGAGAGAUUCCCUUGUGGCUCUCCUUGAGGAGCAGCGGCUUCGAGAAAAAGAAGAAGACAAGGACCUGGAGGCAGUCAUGCUUUCCAAAGGUUUUAGCUUGAACUGGUCCUGAGCUUAACACGUUUACCUCUGCUGAUCUGUGCUGUCCAGUUGGCCUACCCUGAGUUUGCCAGAAUUACAUGGAUAGGAAGAAGUUGAAGGGGAAACCUCCGAAGGGUCCAACAGCAUGCAGGGAUUUGGUUUGAAGCACUCAGAAGCCUUUUCAUAAGUGUGUGGGUUCCAGAAGCUUAAGUUUUACAUGUCUGCAAGCCAAGUUGAAGAAAUGAGUUGAGACUGUGGAGUCUCCUUGAGGUCCCAUACGAUGGACCAUAUUUUGUGUGUGUGGUAGGAGGGAGGGGGGUAUAAUCCAUGUGUGGGGAAGGAGGUUAAGGGAAGAAGUACCCUUAACUACAUUGGAUUUAAGGCAGUCCAUUCCUUUCCCGUUUUUACUACACCAGUUCUAAUAAAAAGGAGGGAAGUGGCAACCCUUCCUGAAAAACCACAGCAACCUGUAGCAGUGGAGUCAGCUGUCCAAGAGAGCUCCAGAAGCCCAGGGCAACACCUUCUUUGCUUUAGUCUUCCUCCCCACCAAAGAAACCUGCAGUUGAUCCUUAUGCAUGGAUAUGAAGAAAUACAAGAGAGAGAAGAUAUUGCUAUGUGUGAUGGAACUCUCUGCCUCUUGGUUUUUGGAGAGAAGUGGGCAUCAGUGGACUCUUUCCCUACCUUAGCCUCCUAAAUCUUCUUGUGGUGAACAAGGGGAGCAGAAGAGAGAGGGAAGAUGCCCAUCUGCUUUGCUACACACUGGAGAGACAGCUACUGCUGGCCUUAGUCUUCAUGGCCACAGCUCAGAGACUGGUGGGCUUCCUGGUUUUGUUUUUGUGACUGUUUUGACACUGGAAAAUACUGCUGUGGGACAGUGGUAAGUGUGUGCUGGGGCAGGGAUGUUCCCAGGCAGCAUUCCUUGGUUAUUAGGCCCCUAAGAGGGAGAAGCCCUUAAGUGACUGAACCACCAUUAAGACUUUUCAGUGUUUUUAUUUUUUUUUUCCUCUGUAUUUUGUUUUUGCACAUUGGAAACAAAGCUUAAGACCUGCCUGGGCCCUCAGUCACUUUGACCCUUUUAUGUCAAUUAACUUAUUUUUUUAAUACUUGAAAGAAGAUUCAUUUUUGUAUCUUUUAGGAAAAAAAUGGACGAGUGAUGGGUGUGUGUGCCUGCUGCAUCCUACAACUUCCACUUCAAAAUUACUGGACGUUGUUACCUGUGGCUAUUUAUUAGUGUUCUUAUUAAUAAUUUGAUUGUUACACAUAUUUGAUUGUGGAGGGAGUGUUUUAACUCUGUUAGAGAAAGACACUACUGCGGAUUAGUCCCUGCUUCACAGCAAGGGCAGCCUUUAUGUACCCAUGGAUGCAUCCUGCCCUAGGAGUUUUCCUCUAUGAAAAAAUCCUGUGCACUCAUGGAGUUUAAGAAUCUAUUUGUGUUCUUAGUGUCCUUUUCUUCCACAUCCCAGAUUCUCUCUUUUGGACUAACAAACCUAUAUUUAUUUAAAUUUUACAUUUUUAUAACAAGAAAGCCAGAACUGUGAGGUAGCAAUAUCCCAUAUGUCUCUUCCUCACUGAAAGAGGGGAUCCUCACAGUUACAGUUCGAGGGAUUUCCAUGCAAACAAAAAUAGCACAUUUCCUGCUGCAUCUAUUGGAAGAAGCUCCUUUUGGCCCAGUUAGUGAAUCUGCUGCUUUUCAGCCAGGAGGGUCCUGACUGUAACCACAUGACAACUGAUGGGCAGGAUAUGCACUGAGCAGCUCAGCACCAUUCCCUGUGGGACAGACUCCCUGGGCAAAGCGUGUCCUUAACUUACUCUGCAGAGCUGAAACAGCACCGUGCACUGGGGAUGCAUCCCAUCCAUCACAUGAUGUGUCCAAAGGGUUUCCCUCCUUGGGAUGCUGACUGUGUUCUUUUCCUGUUAAAGAAGUACCAAGCCUGCGUUGUGACAUCUUUGACAACGUGUCCCGUUCCCAAGCACAUUUGUACAGAGCACUGACUCUUCCAGCUUGAAUUGACACUGCCAGUGUGAGGCACCCCAGCAGGGCUGAACAUCCUUCAGUCCUUUUGCCCUGGCACAGAAGUUUGCAUGGUUUCUUUUUGUUGGCUCUUUACCUCCUUCAGAGGGAUCUCCUGUAAACCAAGGUCUAUGAUUUGAAUUCACCUCUGGCUUGGGAGAAUGCCCCAGGCUGAGGGAGAAUGGGUAGGAGUGUCCAUGGGGACUGAGCAGUGCUGGUUGCUAACUGUGGAAACACGUGUUUUCCACCCAAAGAGUUCUCCCUUUAUUCCACCUAGUGUUUUAUGCUAAGGCAUUACUAAUUAAAUCCAGAUACUCGUGAAACCAAGCAGACAGGCAGGCAGCUGCAGUUGCUACUUCAUAACUGUGUGUGUUUAGCAAGUGGUACCUGCCAUAUCAGCAUCCCAGAGUGUUGGCUUUACCAGCAGGAUGUCCAACAAACAGAAUUCCCUCCUGUUUGCUGGUGCAGGGCCUCCUGCCCAAGUCAAACUGGCAAUUGUAAUUUACACAGUUUGAGGGGGCCAGUGGAAACUGGAGUGCAGGAAGAGGCAAGAAAGAUAGAAAGUUUACUGUAAAUUGACUCGUGCAGAGAAUCAGUCCAUUUUAUAGUGCACUGGGUAUAUGGACCACAUCUAACUUGGAACAAAAGGUCAUUGAAUGUGAGCUGUAGAACAGAAAAAAGUCCUGAAGAAGAAACACCGGAUGGUUUCAUUUCCCUUUCGUGCUAAGGGAGAUCUUUGCAAUGUUGAAGAGUGAGAUUGAAGGUGUAAUACCUUAUUGCACAGAAAACCCACAUAUCCUAGCCCUAAAAUCUUUGGGUUGUGCUGAAGGCCUCCAGCAGCGAUAAUGAAAACGAAGAGCUAACAUCGCACUCACAAAAGGGAAUAUUAAGAGGCCUUUUUAUAUCAAAAUGGUUGUAAAAGGCACAACUUGUUAUUUGCUGUUCAGUUGCACUUUAAGAAUAUGACUUGCAUAUCAGAUAGUGGGUUUUUUUACUCUGAAUCUUUUUAAUUCAAAUUUUGUAUUUUUAAAGCUGAAGAAGGCUCUUACUGAGCACAAGAUUCCUCAUUUGUAUCCGAAUCCGAGCAGGACGUUUGUAGCUCUUUGUGCUGCAGCAGUGACUCAGCCAUGUGCAUUCAAUGACGUGUGUCCAUCUCCUGUGUGAGGAGAGCCGAGAGACCCUCAGCUCCCGAGAUGUGGGCAUGCAGGGGUGGCUGGCUGUGCCCAGGUGCCAUGGUCCUGACCCGGGGCUGCCCACUUCAUCCUGGCAGCAGGUGGGAAGAGAGCCGAGCUUGGAACCUGAGCCGUGUUCGUUUAGAAAUGGGCACACUGAGGAUGGGGCAAGCACUUCAGCCCCCUUCGGGGAAGGGAGGGGAACACCAGCUCCUGGAAGGAAACUUCCAAGAGGCAAAUGGAGGUGGGGGAGUGAGGACUGCCAGAACAACCAAUCUGCUGUUUUCACAGUACCUUUUUUUUUUUAACUGUUCUGUUCCUUUUAACCAUAUUCUCAUUAAAAGUCACAACUGGCUGUAAAAUUCUGAGCUUCAGAAAACUAAUGUGUGGGGAGGUGACAAGACAUUUCAGCUCCAACUUUUCAGACAUAUUCCUUCUUUCAGUUAACCAAUACCCCCUGGUCUCACUAGGGCAUGUUAUAAACUGCAUUGCUGAACAUAUUUUAGAGCAAACCGCAAGUUUUAAAAGUCUGUCCUUCUCUCUCUCUGUCUCUGCAUUUUCUGUAAAUAUUUGUUUGUAUGUAAAGGCACCAGUGGAUCCUUGGGGUGCUCCCACGGUCAAGAAUCUGAGUUUUGUGCAAUGCCUAGGCCUCUGUUAGAACACGGUGCUUGCGUAGAGCUAGUCACCACAUUUGUGUGCACUCUGGUGGGUUUUAAUAUUUUUAUACAUCCUAAUCCUGAAUGUUAUGAAAUAUUCUAAGUGGUCUAGACAGCAUGAUCUAGAGCAGCCAGCAGUUCCCUUUUGUGAGCAGCUACACCUUUUUUGGUUAACAUUCUUCUAAAAUGAGUUUUCCAUUAAGUGUUUACACCACACACCAGUGGGUUGAGAGAGGUGUUGCAUUGUAAAAUCUCCCGUGUACAAACUGAAAAGCUGCAUUGGGAAUUUCAGUUGUCACUGUCUGCAAGGAAGAGAGCUCUAAAGCUCUAAGUACUAAAAACCAGCCUGUAUAUAGUUCACAAAGAGAUCGCUGGCUGUCGACCUUUGCAAAAUAACAGAGAUGAGAAGCUUUCCAAAAGUUCCUGCUUUUGGAUUGUUCAAGGACUGCUUGGCAGGUACUAGGCAGGGUAGCAGGCAGAUGCAGGUGUGAAGGGAAGGAUGCCAUGUUCUGAUGGCACUGCAGUAAUUUAAAUACUCUGUAUCUGUGGGUGCAUGCAUGUGUGUGUGUGAAGUCUAAUCCAGGCAAAGGGAGUUUGCCUUGGCAUCUUCCCUUUUGUAUGAACGUGAACUCUGAUAUUCAGAUUGUUCAAGGCUUUUACGGUUGGCAUGUAUGGAGCGUUAACAGAAAAGCAAAUACCCUACCUGUACAAAACCAACUCUGUUCCAGCCUGUUUUCUUCUAUUUGGUUGUGUUUUAUCGUUUGUUUUUAUGCACACUUGCUUCAUUGGUGUUGAGAUUUUAGCACCUCAGAUGGCCAACUGAACUAAAAAAAAAAAAAAUAAAGUCAUUAAUUAUUUUUUA